GAAUGUUUAUCUAAAAAAAAAAAUUAAAAAAAAUUCGCGUUAAUCUCGCGAUAAAAAAAUUAACGGCGUUAAAAUGGGUUUGCGUUAACGCCGUUAAUAACGCAUUAAACUGACAGCACUAAUAAAUAUCCAUUAAAACUGAUAUGUAAGGGAAACUAAACUAUAAUGUAAAUGUAGUGCACUGUGACACAGACUACGUACAAUUUUUCUUACAUGUUUUUAAAUGUUUCUCUUUAUUUCUCUCCACAGAAAGAACAAACUUUAACACUGAUUUAUUUGGACCUAACUGGAAAGCUUAAAAAAAUCAAAGUCUCUUGUACCAAGAAACAUCGGCCUCGUUUACCCAGAUCCAUCUCUGUACCAUACAUACCAACAGAUUCAUCCACAGACACAACUGGCUCCUCCUCCAAUACAGACACAGAUUCAUCCACAGACACAACUGACUCCUCCUCCAAUACAGAUACAACAGAUUCAUCCACAGACACAACUGACUCCUCCUCCAAUACAGACACAACAGAUUCAUCCACAGACACAACUGACUCCUCCUCCAAUACAGACACAACAGAUUCAUUCACAGACACAACUGACUCCUCCUCCAAUACAGACACAACUGACUCUGAAACUACAACUACAACUACAGCUACAACUAUUAAAUCUCCUCCUGCCACAACCACGUUAGCUGUUACUACAACAGAAGUGACUACCACACCUAUACUUACAACAUCUGCUACAACAUCAAGCCCAACCACUACAGUAGCUGCUACGACUACAGAUAUGCCUACAACAACAUUAGCUGCUACAACAACAUUAGCUGCUACAACAACAUUAGCUGACACAACAACAUUAGCUGACACAACAACAUCUGUUCCUACUACAACAUCUGUUCCUACUACAACAUUAGCUGACACAACAACAUCAGGAAUUACUACCACAUCAGUCCCUACAACAUAUACUACAACAUCCAUCCCUACCACUACAUUAGCUGAUACUACAACAUCAGAAGUCACAACUAAAUUGUUCCCUACAACAUCUGCAACAACAUCUGGCCAAACCACUACAUUAGCUGAUACUACAACAUCCGAAAUUACUACUACAUCAGUCCCUAUAACAUCUGCCACAUCAUCCAUCCCUACCACAACAUUAGCAGAUACUACAACAUCAGAAGUUACAACUACAGCAGUCCCUAUAACAUCUGCUAUAACAUCCAUCCCUACCACAACAUUUGCUGAUACGACAACAUCAGAAGUUACAACUAAAUCAGUCUAUACGACUUCUGCAACAACAUCCUUCCCUUACACAACAUUAACUGAUACUACAACAUCAGGAAUUGCUACCACAUCAGUCUCUAUAACAUCUGUUCCAACAUCAAUCCCAACCACAACAGUAGCUGCUACGACUACAGAUAUGCCUACAACAACAUUAGCUGCUACAACUACAUUAACUGAUACUACAACAUUAGCUGCUACAACUACAUCUGUUCCUACUACAACAUUAGCUGCUUCUACAACAUCCAUCCCAACCACAACAUUAGCUGACACAACAACAUCAGAAGUUACUACCACAUCAGACCCUAAAACAUCUGCAACAACAUCCAUCGCAACCACAACAUUAGCAGUUACUACAACAUUAGGAAUUACUACCACAUCAGUCCCUAUAACAUCUGUUCCAACAUCAAGCCCAACCACUACAGUAGCUGCUACGGCUACAGAUAUGCCUACAACAACAUUAGCUGCUACAACUACAUUAGCUGAUACUACAACAUUAGCUGACACAACAACAUCUGUUCCUACUACUACAUUAGCUGCUACCACAACAUCCAUCCUUACCACAACAUUAGCUGACACAACAACAUUUGUUCCUACUACAACAUCUAUUUCUACUACAACAUUAGCUGACACAACAACAUCAGAAGUUACUACCACAUCAGACCCUAAAACAUAUGCUACAACAUCCAUCCCUACCACAACAUUAGCAGUUACUACAACAUUAGGAAUUACUACCACAUCAGUCCCUAUAACAUCUGUUCCAACAUCAAGCCCAACCACUACAGUAGCUGCUACGACUACAGAUAUGCCUACAACAACAUUAGCUGCUACAACUACAUUAGCUGACACAUUAACAUCUGUUCCUACUACAACAUUAGCUGCUUCUACAACAUCUGUUCCUACUACAACAUUAGCUGACACAACAACAUCGGAAGUUACAACUACAUCAGUCCCUACAACAUCUGCUAUAACAUCCAUCCCUACCACAACAUUAGCUGAUACCUCAACAUCAGAAGUCACAACUAAAUUGUUCCCUACAACAUCUGCAACAACAUCCAUCCCUACCACAACAUUAGCAGAUACUACAACAUCAGAAGUUACUACCACAUCAGACCCUACAACAUCCAUCCCUACCACAACAUUAGCAGAUACUACAACAUCAGGAAUUACUACCACAUCAGUCCCUAUAACAUCUGUUCCAACAUCAAUCCCUAUCACUACAGUAGCUGCUACGACUACAGAUAUGCCUACAACAACAUUAGCUGCUACAACUACAUUAGCUGAUACUACAACAUUAGCUGACACAACAACAUCUGUUCCUACUACUACAUUAGCUGACACAACAACAUCUAUUUCUACUAUUACAUUAGCUGCUACAACUACUGUAGGAGUCAUUUCUAUCCACCUUUUAGUUAGCUUUAUUUUAGUGUUACUUAUUUUAGCCAUUUGGGGGAGUAUUGCACUGGGUGUGGCACGUCACGGGUAAUUGGGUAUAUCUACAGGAGUGAUUACUCAAUUAGGGAAAGGUGUGGAUGGCGGGGAACACACGGUUCUUACCGUAGCCGUGAAACCCACUUCACCGACAGCAUCUUGUUAAUAAGCAAACAGCACUGGGUGAAAGGACCAAUUUUAUGUACAAAUGUAUACCUUUAU